CUCUAAAUGAAGCACUGAACAACCAGUCGUCCCCGAUCCCUCCCAACGACAUAGACAGUGUCAAUAAUUUAAUUUUAAAAGAUGUGAGUUAUCUUUCCAACACUCAGUGUCCUGAGAAUGACCAUCAAUCAAAAAAGAAUACCUCUCAUAUUUUUGAUACAAACAAGACAUCACCAUCUACUGGUGGUGAGGCGGUAGACAACGCAGACUCACCUGUCGUCUAUCCGAAGAAAAGCGUCACUGAGAAUACACAAUUAGCCAAACUGAUGAAGUAUCUGCUACCACCACUAUUUCCAUAUCCAAACGAUUCAGAAACAUUCAGUCCAUCUGAAUGGUCUUCAGUUAAUCAUCAUAUCAUUUAUAAAAGUUAUCUUUUAUGCACUUUGUGCUCAAAACAAUAUCCUGAUUUAAUUAAAGAGGAUGUAUCCUAUCGUGGUCCU